CAUGUUGUCUUCUUUUCUUCAUCUUUUUCUAAGAAAAAAAAAAACCAAAAAUUUUUUGAGAGGCUCUGCAACUGAUUCGGAAAGCUUUUUUCCCUCUAAAAUGUUUUCUUCUUUAUCCUCUUCAAUCCCCAGAAAAAGGACGAUGUCAGACACUCUCCCAAAUGAAGUUGUCGCCGAAAUCCUCUCACGACUGCCCGUGAAGUCUGUCAUCAAAUUCAGGUGCGUUUCCAAGACAUGGUGCUCUCUCAUUUCUAGCCCCCAUUUCAUCGCCACUCACCUCAGCCGGGCUCUUUCCAACCACGAAUACCCAUCCAACCUUGUUUUCCACCAUUUCGACUACCCACUCAAGAAAGACCGAUCCGCUGCCAUACGCAUCCAUCAGCUUUCCCUUGAUCCAGAAAUGCAAGAGAGGAGUUUGGUCACUCAAGAAUCUGAUGUCAGAGGAGAUCCAGCAGAUUUCAUCGAAUUCCGUUGCUCGCGCGAUUGCAUGAUGGUAAUUGGUUCAUCUAACGGCCUAUUUUGUCUCACCAAAGGUUUUGAUUCAUACGUUCUCUGCAACCCUUGUAUUCAAAAAGCCAUAUCCAUUCCGCACCCUAAUAUUGGCCUUCGGGGAUUGGAAACCCAGACUCAUGGCUUUGGGUAUUGCCCCAAGACCGACGAUUACAAAGUGGUGAGGAUUGUACAUGCCGAAGGCACCACUCAUUCUCUAGUUGAGAUUUAUACGCUUCGAACCGGCGCAUGGCGCUCUUUUAUGGCCCUCGGUCCUCCCUACUACUUUAGAGAACCCUUCGGCUCACCCUCGUUACGUAAUAUUUUCUUUAAUGGGGCAGUCCACUGGCCAGCUCGCACUCCAGAGCACCAGCGCCCUUUUCACCACCUGAUCGUGUCGUUCGAUAUAGAGGAUGAGGUGUUUCGUGAAAUGGCUAUGCCAAAGAGUUUACAAGACGAGGAAACCUUCGAGCUUUUUAUGGCGGUAGUUGAUGGGUUGCUUGCUCUUAUCCCCUACGGAGACGAUCAGGAUGUGCCCGUUUGGGUGAUGAAAGAGUAUGGAAGAGCGGAAUCUUGGACUAAGCAGUUCGAUAUUAAGUUUGAGUAUGGAUCAUAUGCAGGGGCGGAGGGAGGGGGGGUCGAGAGGGGGCAAAUGCCCCCCCUCAACUUCUGAAAAAAAUUCCUACUC